AUGGCAAGGAAGACGGAUUAUUAUCUCUCCCAGUGUGCUAGUGCUGCUAGCAAGUCAUCCAUGACAUACCAUCUCGGCGCAGUACUCGUAAAGGGGGGCAAAGUCAUAUCCACGGGUUACAAUCAUCAUCGCACGCAUUAUGACGGAAACGACAUCCUGAAGUACGGUCAUCGCAAGCCCGCCUCCAUGCACGCGGAAAUGCAUGCCAUUUUCAGCUUGACUGGCAUGUCUCCUUCAUUCAAGCAGCAAGUUCAACUCUCGCUGCGACGUACCGCAGCAGCUAAAAGGAGACCGCCGUUUGAAACAUGCUCCAAACAAGCUAGACUCAACGCACUCACACAGCAGCGUUCUUCGCUGCGCGCAACCCUUCGGAGCCCUGACUCUUGUUGUGCGAUUGAUGGCGAAUCGUCCCCGCCUUGUGACAUGCUGUUUGCAGAGCCACCGAGAGGGUGGGAUGCACGCCGCAGGGACUCGAGGGUAAAUGGUGCGGAUAUUUACGUUGCGCGCGUCAUCAAAAACGGCUUGGGGUCAGCAAAACCUUGUUGGCGAUAUUUUGAAGUGUUGAAGGUGAAUGAAGGUUACAAAGAUUACUACGAGACGCACACCGAUGUGCGACUUUUUGGUGGUUUGUAUACUCAAACCUUAAGCUCCUACAACCCUUACUACAACUGCUCGCCGUAUCGCUUCUUUGCUUUGGACACUGCGAUUUAG